AUGGUGUUUGAGGCAGUGAACCAAAAAGUGGGAGAUGCUGGACUCAAUGUCCUCAUCAAUAACGCGGGGAUUUCAUCAAAGUUUACGAGACUUGGAAUGGUCAAAGAAGAACAGCUAAGAGAAAAUUUUGCUGUAAAUACGAUUGCACCGAUUAUGCUGACACAGACGCUUAUGCCACUUUUGAAAAAAGGUGCUGCUAAUCAGGCGGACAAGCCGAUGAGCGUUUCACGAGCUGCAAUUAUUAAUAUUUCUUCCGUCCUUGGAAGCAUAACACAAAAUGAUGCUGGUGGUUUCUACCCUUACCGAUGCAGCAAGAGUGCGUUAAAUGCUGCAACAAAAUCAAUGAGCGUCGACUUGAAAGAAUUUGGAAUCCUAGCGGUUUGUAUGCACCCAGGUUGGGUAAAAACAGAAAUGGGAGGACCGAAAGCACCCUUGGAAAUCGACACUAGUGUCGAAAAUAUAUUGACAACUUUACAAAAUCUUACCGCUGAAAAAACUGGAUCUUUCAUACAACAUGAUGGUACUGCUUUGCCAUGGUAA